AUGCUCUCGCUAUUCGCGGCCGCCGCCGCCUCGUUCACCGUGCCGUCCGCCACCGCGCCGCCCAACGCGUUCAACCUUCUGCGCGGCAUCGACGUGCUGCGGGCCACCGACGGCGUGGCGGUCCCGCUCACCGAGCAGUGGGCCACGGACGAGCGUGCGGUGCUGGAGCUGGGCGCACAGCUUGCACGUGAUGUGCUGCCUGUGCUCCGCGGCGGCAAGCCGCCUGCCAAGCUCGUGGCGGUCGGCAUCGGGACGGCCGAGCGAGGCCGAGAGUACUGCGAGCACGUCGGCCUCCCUGCGGAAACCCUCCUCUGCGAUCCAGAGAACGCCGCGUACGACGCUCUCGGCCUGAAGAAGGGAGUUGCCACGACCUUCUUCACUGUUGACACGCCCUUCGCGAUUCUCGAUCGCGCGCGCAAGGACGGCGCCGCCGACCUGAUCGACGCUACCAAGCGCUGGAAGCCGUGGCUGCCGCCCAAGAAUGACCAGGGCCUGCAGCAGGGCGGCGCGUUCGUCUUUGAAGGCCCCGACCUGCUGUUCUCGCACUUCGACCCCAGCACUGGCGCGCACGCAAAGCUGGACGACUUGCUCGAGGCGGCGGCGAGAUAA